UGGAAAGAACCAGCUGCCUUAUGAAUGCGUGCUCGUAACCUUUCCGUUUUUCUGUCAGGAACGUGCACGCACAACCGUACCCCACCUCUACUUUAUAAUAUCGUCGUUGCUUGCUUGGGUUCUCGACAUAUACACAGGCAGCUCGUCGAAUGUCUGGAACCCCGCGUCGGGAAGGACGUCUGCAGUAGCAACGUUAUUAAAUGUUCCUGGGGAUAUCGCUCUGUGACUGCUUGCAGGAUUUGUUCGCCAUGCUAUAAAGAAUGUUAUCUCAUAUGACAAGAUAAAUACGUUUAUCAGGAUCCAGGAGUCCACAGCCGUGAUCCAGUGUGAAAAUCCGUGGACUUGGACAACAAUUAGUAACAGACGAAAAAACGCACCGCAACCCACUGCAAAUGAAUCUACUGACCAAGGAGGAGCAACACCAAGGAGACACUUUUUUUAGUGGAGCUCGCAGAGGAGAGGAACACCUUUCAUUAAGUAUUUUUCUUUCCACACAUUUGCAAUCUGCUGUCUGCAGCCUAACGUGGAGAAGAGCGGCGUGGGAAAACUUAAGAAUGUAAAAAGUGUCCUGACCAACUUGGACUCGUAGCCUAUGUGAACGCCGCAGUAACUGAUAACCAGGUAAUAUAGUAACAGGUGCACAUUUCGGGAAAUCAGUAUAAAGGAAAAGACAGUACUGUCUGAAAAGUAAGAGUAUUCUGGGGAGUAGACUGCUUAGAACUUUGCCGUGGAAGUUUGUGCACCAAAGACGUUUGGCAUUUACGUCGUUACUUUCUUUCUGGAUCUGACAAUCUCACAAGAACGUCAGAUUAUUAAUAACAUUUUGUUGUUGUUGUUGUUGUUGUUGUUGUUGUUAUCGUUGUUUAAAUUAACGCGCAUAUUGCAAAUGUGGCUACUUAUACUGUGAUAUAAAUGAACUCAGGAAAGGACGGGGUUCUCUUCAAGGGAAAUAUUUUCCGAACAGGCCCUUUCAGUAUAUGACGGAUCAACAUAACGGGCUUCACAAAUACCGUGCUUACCUUCUCUCUCUUUCAUUAUCGCUGUAAUAGCGAGUCUAAACUACUACGGAAUCAAAAGCAUCCGUGCACCGAAAGCAACGCAUUCGUUUUCGUUGGAUAAUCUACGGGAAGCUUAUAGGAAACUCUGUUGUUUGACAAUGUGGAAGUUUCGAUGGAGUAUUAAUUUUCUAGGCUACUAGUUGCACAAUGAUUGCAAAGGUUUAUUUUCGACAUUUGGUGUAGGUUUGUUCUUUCAUUUGUUACUUUGUUGCUUUAUGCUGCCUAAAGGAUAGGGGAACUGUCCUAAACGUUUAAGUGAACGGAUACAGCCAAGUCUUAAAAUCUCCGAGCUUCAGAAACGAAAGAAAGGUUGUACUUUAAAACAUUUUUGUUCGUAUUUAGAAGAAAUGUUUUAUGAAUCGUUAAGACUAGGGCAGAGGAGAAAAUUAUUUUAGAUUUGUGACCGUCAUUAGGGAGUCAAAACAUGACUUUACGCCACAUUUAAGUUCAGAUUAUAAAAUGCUGAAUCUUAUAUGCAACGAAAUUUGUAUUCCAAAGAGAUUAAAAAAAAAUUAAGAUAACAAGAACUUGAGUUGGAUCUACUUCGCAUAACCCUCAUUGACCCGAGUGCGUCAAAACAGGGGGGGGGGGGGGGGAGUAGUGGUAUGCGUUUAUUGACGUCAUCAGGUGACAUCACGUACUUCUGAAAAUGCUGGGAAUGGCUACAUAAGUAAAUUAUCCACAAACAAAACGUCGGGAGUUUUGCCCUUAUUUGCUUUAAUACACAUUUUAAGUAACUUUUCAUCAUUUUAUUUGUCUGUUCAACUGGCUACUGAACUGGACUACUAGGUAAUACUAAAUAACUACAACCAUCACCAUGGCUUCUCCACAACACCAGCAGCUAUUACACAACAGUGAGGUGAGCUGCGACUCCAGUGGGGACGGUGCUGUGUCUGUGCGAAUCAGCAGCGUUAAACAGCUCAAACAGCAGCACAGCUCUGGUGGUCUGGGCUCUAGUGCCAUGUGCAGUCUCAUAGGAGGCUCCAAGCACUGCAAGUACAGCAUUUCCUCCAGCUGCAGUUCAGGGGAAUAUGGCAUCCGCAGGCCGGCUGUCAGAAGCUUGCGAACUCUGAGAAAGAUGCCCCAGCUGUUCGAGAGGUCAGCUGGGAAGUUCUGGAACCCCAAGUUUGACUCCAAUAUUCUGGAGGAGGCGUGUCGCGAGCGCUGCUUCCCCCAGACGCAGAGGCGCUUCCGCGGUGUGCUCCUCUACCUGGCUGUGUCAAGUCUCCUCUGGGGGGCAUACUUUAGUGCAAGCACUGAUCGAUGUGACACCCUCACCUUCCUGGUGCCCACCACUGGCUUCCUGCUCUUCUGUUUCCUGCUCUUCCUCUUCACUUUCACCCGACACUAUGCUCACUGCUAUGACCAGGCCUCCCUCCUGCUUAUCUUAAUAACUUUUACUCUUACACUGGCCCUCCAAAUCCAGAACUCAGGUUUCACAGACUCACAAGAACCACCUGCAUUAUGGGAUGGAGGAGAAGACAUGGGUGCCCUAGAGAGCAGGAACUUCAUUUUGGACUCUGUCAACCAUGUAGGCUCUCAGGCCACAUGCUUGUCUCCAGUGGGCACCUUCUCCCUUGGCAUGGAAGUGCUCAUGUUGCUCUAUAGUGUCCUUCAUGUUCGCCUCUAUGCCUCAGUGCUGCUGGGCUUACUGUACUCUGUGCUGUUUGAGGCACUUGGUUGGAUGCACUUAAUCCAGGCAGGUAAUUGGAGUCAUCCCCCUGAGCAGAAGGCAACAACUGCCUGGGAAAUCCUUCCUUGGCUGGCCCCCGCUAAAGCUUUGCUACACAUUUGUGCACAUGUCAUCGGCAUCCACCUCUUUGUCAUGUCUGAAGUGCGCUCACGCAGCACCUUCCUAAAGGUGGGCCAGGCCAUCAUGCAUGGAAAGGACCUGGAAGUGGAGAAGGCCCUCAAGGAGCGCAUGAUCCACUCUGUGAUGCCACGGAGGGUGGCGAACGAGCUCAUGAGGCAGGGUGACGAGGACAACGAGAACUCGGUGAAGCGCUACUCCACUGGCGCUGCCCUGAUCUCGGCAUCCAGCCCUAAGAAUACCAAGCGCAAAAAGACCUCCAUCCCCCGUGGCCAGAUCAUUUUCCGACCUUUCAACAUGAAACGCAUGGAGCCGGUCAGCAUCCUAUUUGCUGACAUAGUGGGCUUUACCAAGAUGAGCGCCAAUAAGUCCGCCCAUGCCCUGGUGGGCCUUCUGAAUGACCUGUUCGGCCGCUUUGACCGCCUUUGCGAGUUGACUUGCUGUGAGAAGAUAAGUACAUUGGGAGACUGUUACUACUGCGUGGCUGGUUGCCCCGAGCCACGACCUGACCAUGCCUACUGUUGUGUGGAGAUGGGCUUGGGCAUGAUUCAGGCCAUCGAGCAGUUCUGCCAGAACAAGAAUGAGAUGGUGAACAUGCGUGUUGGCAUCCACACGGGUACUGUGCUUUGCGGCAUCCUGGGAAUGAAGCGUUUCAAGUUUGACGUCUGGUCCAAUGAUGUUAACCUCGCCAAUCUCAUGGAACAGCUGGGGGUUGCUGGGAAGGUCCACCUGUCUGAAGCCACCGCAAACUUCCUGGAUGACCGUUAUGUACGGGAGGAUGGAAGAAUCACUGAGAGGAUUGGCCAGAGUGUAGUGGCAGAUCAGUUGAAAGGACUGAAGACCUAUUUGAUCUCUGGGAGGAAGGUGGAGUGCUCUUGCUGCAGUUGCUCACAGCCCGACUCGGGUGGAGGUGAGGCAGGCAGUGUGGCAGACAGCGCAGCAUACGCCCACGCUCCUGAUUCCUCGGCUGCAGCCUUGGCUCUACCAGCCGGCCCUGACUGCGCCAAGUCUCCUUGCCCUUCAUGCAGUGUUGUACUAAUGCCUACAGAAGAUCAGAACCUAGAGGAGAGAGCUGAUAAUAAUGCUAGCAGUGAUGAUCACACAACAAAUAAUGCAAAGGGGUCUCCAGGCAACAAUGCCAUGGCCAUGAACGGCCUCCUAAGCCCACACCAUGAGAGGUCACUGACCAACAGCCAGACCUCGCUGUGUGAGAUGCUGCAGCAGAAGGAGAAGAAGUGGGGAGGGGGCGGUAUAGGCACCAUGGACCACUCUGCUCUCAUUCCUCUGCGUUCCAAGAACUUUAGAGAGAGGAGCGAUGCACACUUUGUGGAUGUGAUAAAGGAAGACAGUCUGAUGAAGGAUUACUUCUCUAAGCCUCCCAUCACAAAGCUGAGUCACAACUUUCUAGAUAAAUCGCUGGAAUCAGCCUACAGAACCAGCUACCAGGAGGAGGUGGAGAUGCAGGCCCCUGUCCAGACCUUUGCCAGUCCCACAUUCAGCUCUUUUCUGGACAUGCUUAUGUGCUGCUUUGUCCUCCUGGCGCUCUCGCUGGCCUGCUUCCUUCAACCACUUGUUACCCAUCAGCCCUUACCAAUCCCUGCCCUCAUCAUGAUUGCGGUGACUGUGGUGGUGGAAUGUUUAGCACUUGUACUGGCUAUUCAGAGGGCCUUCUUCCUGGACAGGGUGUGGAGUUAUACCAGGACACUACUCUGGUUCAUUUCUGGCUGGGUCCCACGCCAUCUAAUUGGGGCAGUGCUAGUGUCUUUACCUGCCAUGUCAGUCUUUUCCCACAUCAACUGCGAUAUUCAACUCUCCACAGAAUUCACCAUGUUCCUCUGCUGUGCUGUCAUCAUCGCAAUCAUCCACUAUUGUAACUUCUGCCAGCUGAGUUUCUGGAUGCGCUCAUCCCUCGCCACCAUGGUGGGGCUGGCGCUUCUCGCACUGCUGUGGAGCCCCCCCUGCAGUUUAUGGGAAAGUUUAUUUCUCAGAUCCAGUGGCUCCACUAACAGCAGUGUCGAUGUGGUCCAGUUCUCUGAGGAGGCGGAGCCUCAUCUCCAGAGUGUUCUGGAAGCCAUGUUGAUCUUCUUCUUGCUGCUCCUCCUUGUCUGGUUUCUGAACCGUGAGUUUGAGGUAAGCUACCGGCUCCACUACCAUGGAAAUGUGGAAGCUGACCAGCAUCGCAUCAAGAUCCAGAACAUGCGGGACCAGGCAGACUGGCUCUUGCGCAACAUUAUCCCCAUCCACGUGGCGGAGCAGCUCAAGGUGACCCCGAGCUAUUCAAAGAACCAUGACAACGUGGGCGUGAUCUUCGGCAGCAUCGUCAACUUCAGCGAGUUCUACGAGGAGAGCUACGAAGGCGGCAAAGAGUGCUACCGUGUGCUCAACGAGCUGAUUGGCGACUUCGACGAGCUCUUGCGCAAGCCCGCCUUCUCCAACAUCGAGAAGAUCAAGACCAUCGGCGCCACCUACAUGGCAGCGUCAGGCCUCAGCACCCAGCACUGCACUGAGCAGGCCCAUCCUCAUGCCCACCUUCGUGCUCUGUUCGAAUUUGCCCUUGAAAUGAUGCGUGUUGUGGAUGACUUUAACAAAAACAUGCUGGGCUUUAAGUUCAAGCUGCGCAUCGGGUUCAACCAUGGUCCCCUCACUGCUGGGGUCAUCGGCACCACCAAGCUACUGUAUGACAUCUGGGGGGACACGGUGAACAUCGCGAGCCGCAUGGAUACCACCGGGGUGGAGUGUCGCGUUCAGGUUAGCGAGGAGAGCUACUGUGUGCUUAGUGGGAUGAACUAUGAGUUUGACUACCGUGGCACGGUCAACGUAAAGGGCAAAGGCCAAAUGAAAACCUUUCUGUAUCCAAAAAGUGGCGACAGCGGGCUGGUGCCCCAGUAUCAGCUUUUGGUGUCACCAGAGAUCCGAGCGCAGGUGGACGGUAGCAUUGGUCGCUCUCCCACUGAUGAGAUUGCCAACAUGGUGCCAACUGCUAGUGGUAGUUGUGUGGGCAUGCCCCUUUCUGUUAGCUCAGAGCUGAUGAGACAGGGAGGUGCUACCAAAGAGAUCACUGAAAAAACGGUCAACAAUGAGGCUUGCAUUGAGCCUAAAACCCAACCCAAACCAUUCACAACUACUGGGGGCCUCAGUUCCAGGCCAGAAGCUGGCCUGGGCUCAGGGCAGGCAGUACUUAUAGAACAGACAAAGCCUGUCUCAACUUCUCCUGCCCUGAGUCCCAUCCAGACUGCACACAGUGAAACGGAGAUUAUAGUGAAGGACAAAGAACAAAGGUCUGUUUCUGAACUGACCCAACUUUAACACUAAACAAGUCCAUAAUACUAUUAAUUUUGAUUCUAAACCUUUAAAUAUGGCCUUGCCUCCAUGCCAGGGCAGCUUGCAGAUUAGGUGUGCAUGGGAGUGUAUGUGCAUAGGUUCAUAAGGGCCUCACCAUUCCUCUGGCCAACAUUACCAUCAGUCUGAUAGAAUGGCAUGCACUAAUAAACCAAGGUCACAAGAAUAAGAACUCAGGCCCUCACCCCAGGAAGCCCACACCAUGCUAUAUGCCGCCACCCUGUUCUGAAAUACUACAGUUCAAUUUUAUCUCAUCAUUGUUUACCUUUGUCAUUUAUUAUGUCUUUCAAUUAAGUGCCUUUGCGAUAAGGACAAUUUGUGCAAGAGGCAACUUUGAAAGCAGUACAAAUUUUAAAGUAGAAAAGGAUUACUCUGUGAAAUCACUUUUAAAAACUUUUUUUUUUCUCUCAUUAUGCAUUAGUUGUAAAUAUUUUUGACAUUUCUUUUCUAUUUAUCUUUAUAUUCUUUGUGUUGCCACUAUUAUAAUGAUUGAUUCUCUUGAGGAAGCUGCCAUGGUAUUUUCAUCUUUAAACUGUAUAUUUUGGGGGGAAAUAUUAAAACACAGAGUUGAGAAGUGGUAUAGGGUCCAGUGAAAUUAGCAAAUCUCCAUUAUAUAACAUAAAUGCACAUUAGCUAAAGCAAAGGUUAUGCAGUACACAUACUGUUCAGCAUGUGAACUGCAACAGGAGGUAACCUGUUUAUAUUUUCAAAAAAAACUAUUUCCAAUCCAUAGGCAUGGUUUAGAGUGUGUAGUUUAUUAAAUUAAUGUGGCCUGCCACUGUUGGUAAUGUUGAACAGAAGAGAUAUCUUGAUACAAAAAACAAUAGGUUAUUCUAAAAAGAAUAGGCAUUUUGUAGAUGAGACUGUAAUGAUUUGCUGAGGUUGUGCUGAUAGUGUCACGUAGAGAGGGACUGUGUGAUCAUUUGGAGAACAUAAAUGUGGGUUAGUAUUGCUAUAGAGAACAUUAACAUAGAUUUGAUUUAGAUUAGUACAAAAGCUUGUGUUUAAGUGCACACUACUUUAAAAAAAGGUAAACUUGUGGGACACCACAAGUUAUUUAUAAGCAACAGACAUUAUUAUUUUUUGUUUCAUUUAGCAAUAUGGGUAGCUUCCUUUGCACUGAUAUGUUACUUUUGCCUGCAUCGUUAUAAUUAAACUUGCUGUUAACUUUU